AUGGUAUCAACAUUGGCACAAUUAAUGCAGAAUGCAGAAUCCAAGGAAGAACUGAUUACGAAGUUAGAACCACAAUUAAGAAUUGUCCAUAUGUCAAAAGAUGCUGAUAAUGACAUUAAAAGUCAUGUUAAAUCAAUGCUGGGCUUAAUGACCAAUUGUGUAGAGCAACAUCACCAAGGUAUUGAAGUUGUAUGCAAAAACCCUAAAGGAACUUCGACAAAGGUUAAAUUUCCAUAUGAGAGCAUGAAAGGUGAUCAACAAAUAACCAAAAUAUCUAUUCUAUUGACAUUAUUGAAGACCGUUCAUAACAAGUUGUGUUCAAGAGAGGUGAGCACCAUUAGAGACGUAUACUAUGGGAACACCGAAUUAUUCAAGAGUCAAUCAAAAGUCGUCCAGUGGUUUGGAGUUCUUCAGCAUUCCAUGGGACUAAAAUCCAGAGAUGUGUUUAACGUGGUGCCUGCCCAAAAGGGAUUAUGUUUCUCGCCAGUAAACUUAUACUUUACAAGAGCCACUGCAGAUAAUGAUGUUGUGGCCAACAAAGCAGGACUGAUUCCCUACAUAUCCCAAGAUUCACGUUUAUUUUGGAAAGAAGACAUCUCUCAAAUUCGUAAAAUAAUCGUCAUUGAGAAAGAAGCAGUAUUCAACAAGCUCACUAUCAAUCCCAACGAUAUCCAACAUUGUAUAUUGGUUACAGGAAAGGGAUAUCCAGAUUUUCUGACAAGACUAUUUCUAAACAAACUACAGAAGCUGACACAUAGUUCUGACAUAGAUUGGGAGGUAUACACAGAUGCCGACCCACAUGGAGUACAUAUAUCGUUGAAAUACCUCAAUAAUGAAGAAGAACAGUACAAUUGUCAAAAACUUGCCUUCAAAGGUGCAUUCAUAUCACGAUUGGUCAACCAAACUCUGGAUGACACUAACAAGUUAGGCCAAAUCCUAGAUCUCAAGCCAAGAGAUAUCUCUUUGGCCACUAAACUGAUACAACAGCUCUCAACAGAAACAGAAACAGAACCAACAAACCAAACAAGAAACAAGACGUUCAAAACUGAAUUACAAAGACAAUUGUUCUAUUUCAAAAAGGCAGAAAUGAACUCUUUAUCAAUUGAUUUUUACAUCAAUUCCUAA